GUGGGUUGUCCCACCAACCAUUGUAGGUUGCAUCAUACAGUCGGUAACGAAUUAAUUUGUCGUUUUAGCCACGUUUUAGCCGUCUUUGUUAAAGAUAGUCAUACUUAGUAGUACAUUUAAGAUUAAAGUCGAUAUUAACGAACGUUUAUUCAUAUUAUCUACUCGAAAAGCAGCUUAAUCGUUUUUUCUGCUUGAAUCUAAACCUUCUGUCAAAAGCAAGCAUGGAUCAACUUGAAGUGUCAACAAAAGAGACAAAGAACCCUUGGGGCACUCCCACCCUGGCACCGUCGCCCUUCUCUCUGGCUGAAGUUAUGAGUGAACAACUGGCUAGACAGAUGCAUGAGGAGGACAACUCUUUCCCAAACCCAGAUUUCAGUACUGAUCUGGACCUGACCUGCGCUGCUGAAACGGACACAUCCAGCGACCUGAUUCUGGCCCAGAUGCUGCAGAUGCAGUUCGAUCGUGAGUUUGAUACGCAGCUGCGCAUAGAGGAGAAGAAGUUUAAUGGAGACAGCAAAGUCUCCAUAUCCUUUGAGAACUACCGCAUGGUUCAUCCAUAUGAGGACAGUGACAGCUCUGAGGAUGAGGUGGACUGGCAAGACACUCGUCAUGACCCCUACAAAGCUGAAAAGCCAACAACUACCCCCAAAAAAGGCUUUGUUGGGAAAGGCAAGAACAUCACCACCAAACACGAUGAGGAGGUGUGUGGACGGAAGAACACAGCACGCAUGGACAAUUUUGCUCCAGAGGUGCAGGUGGGAGAUGGGAUCGGCAUGGACCUGAAGCUCUCCAACAAGGUGUACAACGCUCUGAAACGCCACUGUGACACAGAACAGCGCCGCAGCGCUCGACUGCAUGAGAAGAAGGAGCACUCGACUGCUGAACAAGCUGUGGACCCCAAAACCAGACUGCUGAUGUACAAAAUGGUGAAUGCUGGGAUACUGGAGAACAUUAAUGGCUGUAUCAGCACAGGAAAAGAGUCAGUGGUGUUCCAUGCUGAUGGAGGAAGCUUUGAAGAGAAGAUCGUUCCGGAGGAGUGUGUGCUCAAAGUUUUCAAGACCACCCUGAAUGAGUUUAAGAACAGGGACAAAUAUAUCAAGGAUGACUACCGCUUCAAAGAUCGCUUCAGCAAGCUGAAUCCUCGCAAAAUUAUCCGCCUGUGGGCUGAGAAGGAGAUGCACAAUCUCACCAGGAUAAAGAAAGCCGGGAUCCCGUGCCCAGAGGUGGUGAUACUGAAGAAGCACAUCCUUGUGAUGUCAUUCAUUGGCCGCGAUCAUGUGCCUGCACCUAAAUUGAAGGAUGCCAUGCUGAACUCUGAAGAUAUGAAAAAAGCAUAUUAUCAAGUUCUAAACAUGAUGCAGCGACUGUAUCAAGAAUGUAAUCUGGUUCACGCCGAUUUGAGUGAAUACAACAUGCUUUGGCAUGAUGGACAGGUGUGGUUUAUUGAUGUGAGCCAGUCCAUAGAGCCCACUCACCCUCAUGGUCUAGAGUUCCUCUUCCGGGACUGUAGGAAUGUGGCCACUUUUUUCCGGAAAGCUGGUGUGUCCGAGGCUCUGAAUGUGUUCGAGCUGUUCAACAAUGUGUCUGGACUGCAGAUCAACUGUGAUAAUGAGGCUGAUUUCUUAGCCCAGAUUGAAGCCCUGGAGAAAAGAAACGAAGACCAUGUGCAGAAAUCCAGCAAGAAAAUCUUCACCUCCACCAGUGAUGGCAGCCCACCCCAAUUAAACACUGAUGAUGAUGAUGAUUAACACGUGCAAAAUAGUCACUUGAAAUAAAAGAGAGAGAACAUCCCUUUGGUCUCCAGUCACAACAAGGUGUGGAACGGUCAGAUCGCGGGCCUCAGAAUGUGUUUUGCAUCAUUCUGCACGUUCUGCCUGCUGAAAUGCUCACGCCAUCCCUCUACUGCUGUUAACGUGUUUGCUCAAUGUUGAAAGUGAUACAUAUCGGUCAUUUGAAACAUUAAAACAUAACUUGUCAUUCUUUAACAGACAGUUUUGGAAGAUGGUUAUAAAAAAAAAAGAAAAAAAAAGUAACUAUGGAGACACAUGUAAUGUAAUAGAUUUGUGGUAAAGAAAUUGCAUCUCCUUCCACAAAAAGGGCAAACAGAGAAGAUUUGUCAAACCUCUGAUUGUCAGGUGUUUGUGUGUUGAUUUUAGUUUUAGUAAUGAGCAGAACCCAAGACAUUGCUCUAGUUCUGCACAAGCCAUUAUUCAAAUAGAUUUUUGUUGAACAAUUUUACUGAUAAGAUUACAGUUGUUGUAGAUUUGUGGUGUAUUUUGUGUAAACAUGUAAAUAAUAAACUCUUAAAUUAAAUGUUUUUUUUUUUCUUCAUUUAUUUAGGAUCUGUCUGUCCUAGUGAAGACUUGUCAAUAAGAGCAUUUACAUGCACGUUCUUGCACCGAUUGUGCUUAAUAAGCCGACAAUGCGUGUGGUUAUGUAAACACAAUAUGGCGUAACAAUUAACAGGUCGACACGGGUAGAAUUUUGCCCAUUACACCGAUUUUGCGUGGCAUGUAAAUGCCUUUACCGGUGUUCUUGCUGGCUUAUCCAAUGUGCACACAUGUUGAGCGCAUGUCUCUUUACAGUUUGACGUCAAAAGCAGAGAAUAAAGCGAUUAUUUCAAACCUCAU